CAGGCCGGCACUUCAACCACUCAGCUGCAGCGUGUUCGCUCCGGAAAGGAUUGACUUGAGAUACCACGGAGGAUAUAGCUUGACAAGAUGGUCAGAUCAACGCAGAUUGCCCGGAUCGAUGGCCUGAUGCUGGCGGCGUCGGUGGAUGAUGAACAGGCGGAAGUGGAGCUCUCCGAAAUCAAGUCCCAAGCCAAAAUGAUAUUUCGCAGGUUGAAUCGCAAUUCAGCGCCGCAAGCCAGUAUUGAAUCCGGUCAAUUUAACCUACACUAUCUCAUCCAAGAUGAUAUCUGCUUCCUUUGCAUAUGCGAUCGUUCCUAUCCCCGCAAGCUUGCGUUCACCUAUCUGGCGGAUCUCGCAACCGAAUUCACCACAACAUACUCCCCGGCGCAGUACCAAUCCCCCACCCUCCGCCCCUACGCCUUCGUGGAAUUCGACACCUUCAUCCAACGCACCAAGAAGCUUUACCAGGACAGCCGUGCGUCCCAGAAUCUCGACCGCCUGAACGAUGAGCUCCGGGAUGUCACGAAAGUAAUGACCAAGAACAUCGAGGACCUUCUAUACCGGGGUGAUAGCUUGGAGCGGAUGGGCGAGUUGUCGGGCCGUCUACGAGAAGACAGCAAGAAAUACAGAAGAGCCGCGGUACGGAUCAACUGGGAGCUGGUGCUCAAACAGUAUGGGCCGAUUGCAGGUGUUGGGUUCAUUUUCCUUUUCUUCGUUUGGUGGCGCUUCUUUUAGACUCGGACAAGGCGGCCACGAAACUCGAUACCCGCUAAUGUGAAUGUAUGCAUAGAUAAUGUCUCUGGUUGGUUGCAGGACACCAUCCACCCAGGCCCCAGGCUUCAAUCAAUCUUAAACAGACAUAUGAUCGAACGGCUAGACUGUAUA